UAACUAAAUCGAAACUCAAUUGUAGUUCAGGCAAUGUUCAGAGAGAAAGAGAAAAAGUAUCUGCACAAUGGCUGAGAAUUUAAACAAAAGUGACUUUAGCCUUGCCUACGAAUUCAGUCACUAUCUAUCGGAUAUGAGCUGCAUGACGAUGAUGCGACUGCCUUAUGGCAAGCGUUGCAUGAUGGCCACCGAAGUGAAGCACUGCGAACAAAUCAUGAAUAUUUUCAACUACUUUCGCAUGAUGUACUGCUCGUUCAACAUUCACGACAAACUCACCGAGAUAUGCGUGGUGCUUCUCUUCAUUCUGAUAUGCCUCGCAUUUCUGGAGCUGAUGUCAUCGAGCAUUCGAUUGUUCUUUACUCCUGCCUUGAAAAUCGUCUCGGUGUGGCUGCACAUGAAUGAGUAUCUGACGGGCGUGACCCUCUUGUCCUUUGGCAAUGCAAUACCCGACAUUAUCGGCAACCUGGCGCCCAUCAGGGCCAAUGCAGCGAUAUUCUCAAUAGUCGUUGGCAAUGCACUGGUCAUCAUACUCCUAAGCGGCGGCAUGAUCUGCUUCCUGAAGCCAUUCAAGUUGAGCGGUCCCAGCACCACCAGGGACCUGCUGUUUCUGCUGCUUUCUGUGGAGCUGGCCCGAUACAUCAUUUUAUACGGCGGAAAGGUGACUAUUGCCAAGAGUGUUGUGAUGAUUUCUAUUUACAUGAUCUAUGUGUCCAUCAAUAUAAUCGAUCUCUUGAUUCUGCGCCACGGCAUUAGAAAACUUCGUAGGGAACUCCACGAACUGCUGUCUAGGCCACCUGGCGCAGAGCGGGACCAAGAGAUUGCAGAAAAAAGACAUUUAAUAUAUUUACUCAAAAUUCACGACGAAAUGAUUAUCACGGACACUUCCAACUUCCGCCGCAAGCUCGCGGAAAGACGUCGCUUGAUAAGGGGUGCCGGGGUCAAUGUCAGUUUCUUUACCACAUCCAAGUCGGUGGAUCAUCACGAGCGUGUUGACUUUACGGCCACUGGAAAAAUGCUACAUGACGAACGCAAUCCGAAGAACUUGUAUCUUUUCAGCGACUUCCUUGGCUCCCUGAAUCCCAUCGAUAUGGAGGAAUGGCAGCUGGCCGGCUGGUGCUGGCGCUCCUAUCUGAUCAUUGGGUCUCCACUGGUGUUCCUGCUGCUGCUGCUCAUUCCCUAUGUGGACUAUGAGAAGGAGAAGCACGGCUGGAGCAAGUUGCUCAACUGCAUGCAGGUCAUUAUGGCGCCGUUCUUCUACAUGGUCCUUGUGCACUCACUGAUUGUUGACGAAUACAACGGCUGGUAUCUCAUCCUCCAAUUUUCCCACGCAAAGUGGUCCUUCCUGCUGACAGUGCCGCUGGCCAUAGCCGUCUUUGUUCACAGUCGCACCGAUGUGCCGCCCUUCUAUCAUAUCAUCUUUGUCGGUCUGAGCUUUACAAUUUCGAUUGUGAACAUCUGGGUGUGCACCUGCGAAAUCGAGGUGCUGACUUCUGUGGUGGCCAAUGUCUUCCACAUAUCCUCAAACUUUAUGGCCAUCACCUUUGGCUCGUUGACGAUUGCGGCCGCGGAUAUUAUAGCAAACGCCACCCUCGCCCUCCAGGGCUACGAGAAGAUGGUCUUUGCGGCCAUAAUCGGUGGACCACUACUCAACAACAUAAUGAGCAUCGGCAUGUCCCUGUGGUAUAAUGAGAGUGUGAGACAAGUGGGAAAGGCGUCACCGCUGUAUGGCUACCACGGAGAGAACUGCUACAUAUUCAUUAUGAUCACCAUUGUCGGCACAUUGUGCUGGUGCUUAACCUUCAACUUCUUCAUCCGUCGCUCCGCUGGCAUUUUCCUCUGGCUCAUCUUUCUACUCUUCUUCGUCUACACCGCUGGCAUGGAGUGGGGCUUUGUGCAUGGCUUCAAUGAUGACUUGCAAAGGGAUCCCCAGUAGUUCUCUAAUCCUCAAUUUAUCCCUAAUAAA